GAGAGAGAGAGAGAGAGAGAAAAGAAAUGAUGGUUGACAUGAUUCAAAACAACAUACAGUAUAUAGUUUCCUUGCAUUCAAAAAUACAGCAUGAAAUGUCACACAGAAUGGUGUUGGUGUACAAACUUGUUGCCACAAAACCAAAAGUUCAACAAAAUCUGAGUUCUCAAAAUCAUUUGCUGGCAAAGAACAACCUUUAAAGGGAUAGUUUACCCAAAAAUAAAAAUUCUACAGCCUGAUCUCAUAAAAAUUACAUGACUGUGACGAUAUUUCUGCAAAAUGACCCCAAUCUAAACUAUAAACCUAAACUUAUUUUAAAAAGCAAAUGUGCGAGGAAAACCACAGUUGCAAAAACGACCACAUCCGUUUGUGGUACUUCUGACACUUUCAGCUCAUGUGUCCACUUGCAUGCUUAGUGGUACUUGAACCCCAGUCUUUUGCACUACAAGUGCAAAGUGCUAUCAGUUGAGCUAUUGUGCAAUCUGAUCACAUCAGAACAACCUUGUAAAUGUAGUUAAUUAUGUAUUGGUUGGCUUACAAGUCAUGGUUUGUGAAAGGAAUCAAAGUUGUUGUUGUAUCGCCUCUUCUGUUCAUUUCACCAGAAAUUGCCAUGAUACAUACAACGAUCCACAUAAAAAUCAGUGAUUAUAAGUUAAGUUCGCAGUUCUCUCAUAAAGUACUCAUCCUCAUGUCAUUUCAACUUUUCUAUGUGGAACACAAAAGGUGAAUUUCUGAACAAUAUCCUAGCCACUCUUUCAUUUAAUGAGAGUGAAUGGUGACUGGGGCUGUCAAGGAAAGGAAAGAAAAAAAGCACCAUUAACAAUUAAACAAGUUGUGUAGUACAAUACAACUUUUAGAGUCCAUAGGAGCUGUGGCAUAGGAGAACAUUGUUCAUCGGGUGAGAGACCAAGUUGUUCACUUUCGUUAUAUGCAAAAGCAUCCAGAAUAUUCUUCCAAAAUUCACCUUUUGCGUUCCACAUAAAAGAGAAAGUUAUAUGGGUUUGGAACAAUGUGGGGGUGAGUAAAUGAGUAAAUAAUUAAAUUUUUUUAGGUUGAUGCAAACAUUUCCGUUGAUUUAACUUAUUUAACUAACUUAGCUUGCUUCUUACGCUUACACUAACAAUGCAUAUACUGUAUGUAUCUAUUUAUUUAAUGCAAAGUGGACAUCUCAGAGUCAAAGCUCUUUUUUUUUUUUUUUACAGUUGCAAUUCUUCACAAAACUGACAAAUAUAUGAAUAAUUAUAAGUCAGGAAAUGAGAUAUAUUGGUUUAAUGCAGUUUCAAAGCAGCAUUUAAAGCAGUAUUCUAACCAAAGUUUUUUUUUAUUUUUUUUUUUUUUUAAGGUCAAAGAAAAUAUUAGACACAAAAUAAAAUCUCACUUUGAUCAUGUGUGAUGUCACAUUUUGUUGUUGGAAUGUUAUGGAAUCCAUGAUGGCAGUUUCCAAGAGAUCCCACCAGAUAGCAGUAAAUCAGCACAGUUACAUCACAUCACACAAAGUUAAAGGGAUAGUUCAACCAGAAUGUUAGACUCACCCUGCACUUUCAUUGUAUGGAAAAAAACAUCCAAAAUAAGUGAAUGGUUAUGACUGAUGCUAAACUUCAAUCUAACAUCUCCUUUUGUGUUCCACGGAUUUGAAACAAUAUAAGGGUGAGCGAAUUAUGACAUUUUUGUAAACAAUGAAUGAUGAGUUUUAAUUUGUGAUUGAAAUUAACCCUUUAAUUGGCCAUCUAUAAGAGUCUUCUUAUACUAUACUGAUCUGAUAAAGCCACAGUCACACUAGGCUUUGAGCACAUGACAUUAUAUUGGACACUGCAACGGACCAGGAUAUGAUGUCACGAACGACGACUUCUGGUUUUAAUAAAUAAUAAAUCACAAAUAACAAAUAAUGUUAUAUUCAAAAUGUUAGAAUAUACUGUCUACUCACUUUCCAGCAACAAUAAAAACACACAGCUUUAAAAUACAGUAUAUUUCCAUUGAAUUUAGCCAAGAGGUCAAUGUGUGAGGUUUCGAUCUUCUAUUGAUCACACGUCUUCUCGUCAUCCAGAUUCACAGUGCAGCGUUCACCAAACUUGAACUUUGGUACCCAACAUUGUAAAUUUCUUAGCCUGAGCUUGCAUUUCUGGUCUUCUGUGUUCAGAUGCAUUUGAAUGGAAAUGAAUGGAGUGCCAUGUGUAGCCCCUUAACUCUGAUCUGUACCUGAUAACUUUUGCUCUGUCUUUAGGAUAUUCCCAUCGCUGCAGGCACCUCAACAUUAAAGGAAUAGUUUGCUUACAUUCAUGUUGUUCCAUAUUCACAUGCUGAUAUUUCUGUGAAACACAAAAGGAGAUUUUUUGAAUAAGGUUUUGAAGACUUCUGAAGUUCUUUUACUUUUCAUAUGUGGUUACGAUACAUAUGAGAACCAAUUACGCAAGCCACAUCUGAGACACAGAUUCUGGUCCCAUGGAAACCAUGUAAUCAUGUUCAUACAUCAAUGGUAAACACGAAUCAGAGGUUGCAUUUUCACUCUAAAGUUACAUUUUUACUCCACUAACAGGUAGGUUUAGGGUUGGGUGUAUGGUUAAUAAAAUAUGCAUUCCUCUUUUACUGUUUAAAACAACAACAAAAGAGUAAAUGUUCUACCAUUAUUCACUCAGACGACUUGGCAUUCAUUAUUCACUCAAAUAACUAUUCCUUUAAAAGUGGUGUAAUUUGCAUGGUGAGAAAACAGACUGCAACAGACUCAUGCCCACAAAAUGGCAACCUAAUAUACAUCGAAUUAUAUACGACCCAUGAAACAAUCCUUGUAGUGUUCUUCAUUUGCAUUCCUAAUUUGCAAGCCCACUUUCCUCUUAGCAUGGUCACGCAAAAGGAAUUUGAGAUAAAUGUGAGGGACAGACAGCUAGAUCAAAGCUCAGUGGAAACUUGUUUACAAGUGGAUUUCAAAUAGAGUCUCCAGUUCCACUAAUUUUUAUAAUGGCAACACCCCUAACCAACUUCACCACAGCCUGGGAUGACAUCAUAAAACAAAACACGACUGAUAUAUUACAAUCUUCCUGCAAAUUUUCAAAGGUUCCAGCUCACCCUGUUUUCAUAUUUGCAUACUCACUAGUGUUUCUUGUCAGUCUGGUGCUGAACUGCAUUACAAUGAGAGUGUAUUUCUGCACAAAUCAGCGUACCCAGUCCAGUGUCAUGGUCUACUUGAAGAACCUAGCCGCAGCUGACUUCUUCCUUUGCCUUUGUUUACCUUUGCGCAUUGCUAACUAUGCCAACUAUUCAGUGACAAUGCGCAAUAUUUACUGCAGCUUUGGAGCAACAGCGUUUUAUUUAAACACAUAUGCAAGCAUUCUCUUCAUGGACUUUAUUGCUGCCAACAGGUACCUGAAGAUUGUCCGGCCAUUAGAGACUCAUGCUCUGCAGACAGUUCGAAUUGCAUGCCACAUUUGCACAGCAACAUGGCUCUCCUUGUUAGCCAUGGCCUCCAUCUACUUAAUCCUCUUUCUCCAGACCUCCUGGGGUCACAUUCAAAUUCCAGAAGAAAUUGGCUGUGAUUCCUUACACAGUCCCCAGCUCAGAGUGGUCUACAAAAUCACCCACUCUGUGUCCAUGGUGCUUUUUGUUUUUGUGCUGGUUUCUCUGAUUCUACUAUACUGUCGAACUUUGCAAAAGAUCCGACAAGCUCAGUUGUCCACACAGGCUACACCCAGAAGCUGUAAGUUCUACAAGUCUAAACGUAACAUGCUAGUGCUAGUAGUUGUUUUUUGUGUGUGCUUUGUGCCCUAUCAUCUGGUGCGACUGCCUUAUGCGUUUAUCAAAAAAACACACAAGGAACAUUGUAUAGCAGCCCAGGCAUUCUAUAUCCUGAAGGAGUUGACUAUCCUGCUUUCAGUACUAAAUGCCUGUUUGGAUCCACUUAUAUACUUUAUCUUCUGCAAGGCCUUUAGAUCCCAGCUGAGCCUCAAGAACAAGAAAGAUUUGCCAAGAUCCAGUCCAGAUAAGCAAAGGCAUCUGAGCAACAUGUUGAGCACUAUUGAGACAAAGGUGUGCACGCUAAGACGUGAAAGUGUGAUUUAAUUAAAUACACAGCAGGAUGAUAUUUUGUCCUUCUAAACUGUAAUGACACAAAGUGAAUGGUUUAGAUGAAGGCUCAUAAAAUCAGACACAAUAUAAUCAAGCAAAUAAUCUUAAAGGCAUGAACAUGUCAUAUGCAUUUUCAAAGUAAAAAUUAAAAGAUACUUAAGGCUUUAGGGUUCUUCAACUGCCACAUUGGCUGAACCCUCUGGAGAUCCUCCAGGCACUCUUUCAGUUCUCCGAGAAACUCUUAGACCCUGUUUACACCGGUAAUAAGAUGCAUCUUGGGGAGAGGGGUUGGGGCUGGGUAGCUCAGUGAGUAAAGACGCUGACUACCACCCCUGGAGUCACGAGUUCUAAUCCAGGGCAUGCUGAGCGACUCCAGCCAGACCACUCUCGUGGUCACUAUAAUGUGGUUCUCGUUCUCUGUGGGGUGUGUGGUGAGUUGGCGGAGAAUGGCGUGAAGCCUCCACAUGUGCUAUGUCUCUGCGGUAAUGCGCUCAACAAGCCAUGUGAUAAGAUGUGCAGAUUGAUGGUCUCAGAUGUGGAGGCAACUGAGAUUUGUCCUCCGCCACCCAGAUUGAGGCAAGUCACUAUGCCACCAUGAGGACUUAAAGCUCAUUGGAAAAUUGGGCAUUCCAAAUUGGGGAGAAAAAGGGGAGAAAAUCAUUAAAAAAAGAUGCAUCUCGGGUGAUUCGAUCACAUGUGGUCAGGUGAGACACAUCGCUGUUUACACCUGGUCGUUAAAUGUGUCUCCUGUGAGCACUUGUUUUCGGAUUUGUAGGGGAGGGACUCUGUUUCAUGACGACAUACAUCAAUCACUAUGUCAAUGUGUUACUGCAUGAUAAUAAACCGUAGCAAAGUCAGAAAAGAGAAAGAAAGUAGAAUUGUCCAUUAUUUUAGUACAACCCCAAUUCCAAAAAGGUUGGAACAGUGUGAAAAAUACUAAAAAAACAACAAAAAGGAAUGAUUUGUAAAUUAUAUUCACCCUUUGCUAUAUUGAAAGCACUACAACUACACAUUAUAUCAUGUUUUUCCUUGUGAAUUUCAUUGUUUUUUGAAAAUGUACAGUAAUUUCAAAUCAGAUUAUUGCAACAAGCUCCAAAAAAAGGUGAGACGGGGGCAAUUUAAGAUUAAUAACAAUUUGAUGAGUUGAAAUAACAAGGCGAUGUGAAACAGGAAAUGUUAAAUAGGUGAGGCAAUUGUGUCAUAGUACUGUAUACUGUAUAAGUAUACUCAAAAACAGCCUAGUCAUUCAAGAGCAAGGAUCGUUCAAGACUUGUCAAUUUGCCAACAGAUGCUUCAGUAAAUAAUCCUGCACUUUGAGAACAAUGUUCCCCUAAGACAAAUUGGAAUGAAUUGGGGCAUUUCACUCUCUACAGUGCACAAUAUAUUUCAAAGAUUCAAGGAAUCUGGUCAAAUCUCGGUGCGUAAAGGGCAAGACGAAAACCAUCUCUGAUCCCUCAGACGCCACUGUCUUAAAAAACCUCAUUCAUCUGAAAUGGAUAUUAUGAACAUGGGCUUGGGAUAACUUUAGUUAACCUUUGUCAGUCAACACCACUUGCCGCUGCAUCCACAGAUGCAAGUUAAGACUUUACUGUGCAAAGCAGAAGCCCUUCAUCAACACUGUGCAGAAGCGCUGCUUAUUUCGCUUGGCUCGGCCUCAUCUUAGAUGGAAGGUAGAACAGUGGAACUGUGUUUUUUGGUCUGAAGAGUCCACAGUUCAAAACGUUUUUGAAAAACAAAGCUGUCGUGUUAUCCGGGUCAAAGAGGAAAAGGGCCAUCCAAGCUGUUAUUAGCAUCAGGCCCAAAAGCCAGUGUCUGUAUGGGCCAGGGGUGUGUCAGUGCCCAUGGCAUGAGUAACUCGCACAUCUGUGAGAACACCAUGAAUGCAGACAGAUAUGUACAAAUUUUGGAGCAACAUAUAAUGCCAUCCAACACAGUCUUUUCCAGGGACGUCCCUGCAUUUUCCAGCAGGACAACUUCAAACCACAUACUGGCCAGAUUACAAGUGCAUGGCUGUGUAAGCAGAGAGUGUGGGUGCUAGAUUGGCCUGCUUGCAGUCCUGACCUGUCUCCAACUGAGAAUGUGUGGCGCAUUAUGAAGCACACAAUACAACAACGAAGACCCUGUACAAUUGUGCAGCCAAAGACCUUCAUAAUAGAUGAAUGGGGGGAAAUUACACUUUCUAAUCUUAACAAACUUGUGUCUUCAGUGCCCAAAUGUUUAAUAAGUGUUAUUAGAAGAAUUGGUGAUGUUUUACAGUGGUAAACACUUGACUGUCCCAACUUUUUUGGAGUGUUUUGCAAUCAUCUGAUUUGAAAUUACUGUACAUUUUCAAAAAACAAUGAAAUUCACAAAGUAAAACAUCAUUUAAUGUGGAGUUGUGGUGCUUUCAAUAUAGUUAAGGGUGAAUAUAAUUUACAAAUCACUGCUUUUUGUUUUUAUUAGGAUUUUUCAUACUGUCCCAACUUUUUCAGAAUUGGGGUUGUAGAUUACCUGUAUUAACCUGAGCUGCAGAUGUUCAUGCUUCUCAUAAGUGUCCCUGCAUGUUGAUAUCAGACACACUGAAGAAGAUCCGUGCAGUUCUCAUGCUUGUGUAUAUAUCAAAUUUUCAGAUCGGACUGUUACUUCCUUUUAAAGCCUCUCAUAACUGGCGCUUCGCUGCUGCCAGGAUACAUUCAGGAUGGAUUAGCAUUUACACAUCAAAUGUGAUGCGGCCACAUGCAUUUUUGACCACAUUUGUAUAUGUUUUUGUUGUUGUUGUUGUUGUUGUUGUUGUUUUUAUCACAAAACGUUUUAGACCCUGUUUAGACCUGUAUUCAGCACUGACCACAUGUUAUCGGAUCACCAAAAACGCAUCCUAAUUCCAGGUGUAUAUUGGGUCUUAGUUUCUGCAAGAACUCUAAAGAACUCUAGACACAUUUCAUUCAGUAAUCCCAUUGGAAGAGAAAGGCUUCAAGGCUCUUGAAAUGUAUUUUGGAAUUCUUUGAGUACAUAAAUAGGAUAUUUAAGGAUCCUUUAAAGGGUGUCUGGAGGAUCUCCAGAUGGUUCAGCCGGUGUGGCGUUUGACCCCCAAAUUGUGCCUCGAGUAUCUUUUCAUUUUUACAUUGAGUGUUUAAAUUGUUUUCACUAUCACAUGCCUAUAGUGGGAAAAAUAUCUAAUAGUGACCUCAUAGGAAGGAAUUUAAAAGAUUCACCACACCAGACGACACCAGAACAUUUACCUCAACCUCAACUUUGACCAUUUCUACCUAUCCUAUUUGUAGUUGUGGAUGUAUUUGUAUUUGUAUUUUUUAUUCAUUUUUCACAAGGUAUAGUGCAAUAUGUGCAACAUAUAAUGGUAAAGGACAUGAAAAAGUUAAUGAUUAAUUGUCUGCCCAGGCAAAUAAAGCAUAGCUCAAUAACUAUGUAUCUACAGUAUAAGCUUUUAUAUGACUAUAUUUGUGUAUAUCUUGUGUAUUUUGUUUAGGUACCAUUUUAUUAGUGGAGAAAUAUUUAUCCUGGUCUGGAUAAAUAUAGCAUUUGAAAUUAAUAAUAGCAUUAUUACAUAAUAAAGAUGUCUUUUAGCCUAAAUGAUAAUUUUAAUGUUAGUUGGUUUGUACGUUAAGGUUUUAUUGUUAUUUCAUUUUGAAAAUGUAUUUCAAAGUUAUUUUGUAGCAUGCAUGAAUGAAGCAUUGAAGUAAAAUAGGCAAAAGACAAUUUAAUUACAUAAUUAAAAAUUUCACUUCUUGUUUCACUGCUAUGAUUAAAGGGAAAUGUUAGUUGCUUACAUAACAUGCACACAUUUUGUCUUUAUUGACUUAAUUGAUCUAACACAACCCCUACUCAACAUGCUCUUGGUCAUAUUCUCAUAUUCUAUCAAUUAGUGAUGGGAAAAUCGGAUCAUUUUACUCACUUAGAUCUUUGAAUCUCGUUCAGCAAAAUUAACAAUCUUUAUUCAGUUUGUCACGUGAUAGUUGUAGACCACAGAGGCGCUACACAGGAAAAAGAAAUGAAUAGUUCACCUCCCAACCAGGUCUUCAGAUCUGAGUAUUUAGUUCAUAUGUCAUGUGACUGCCACUAGGCUCAGCAUAGAAGACAAAUGAUUUGUUCAUGAGUGACAAUUACUGGGAACAGUUCAGUGUGGUGUAGUUGUUUGUAUCGAUAUCAAAACAUGUCAGUGUGAUAAAUUACAUUUAAAAAUCACAUGAAUUUUCAUGAUGAUGAAAUACAUGAUUCCCAUGUAUUUAAUGCAGAAAGUAUUUGCAAGAUAUUCUCUGCCAAGUUUAAUAUUAAAAUGGUCUUAGAUAAUUAUCAGUAAAAUCAAAGGGAAAUUUUGUAUAAAUCAAACAACAAGGGGAUGCAUCAUGGAGGAAAAAUAAAUCACAAUUUGUCCAAAAUCAAUUCAAUAGUCAAGUCAAUAAUAUGGGGCUUUCUCAUAGCUUUCGUUGUCUGUGAUAUUUUACUGAAGAGAAGAUAAAAGUUGUAAAUACAUUAUAAACUGUUUAGGACCGGGCUUGAAUUUCAGGCAUCUUGCUUUAUGAAUGUGAUCGUCCCAUCAUUCCGCUAAAGUUUAAACAUUAACUAACUCUUGAUUAGUAGUUUCAAUGCUAUGGAAACAAACCAUAAUGCCAGAAAUAUACAUGUUAAAUAUUCAAGUUAUAAAUUGCAAGAAAUAAAGAAGAUAGACCAGAAAUGCUUUGUGUAACUGUAAGGGCAAAAAUAAAACCGCUUGUAUUUAAGUAAGAUUGGGGAGUAUGAACUUGUUUCUGCUUCCAAUACAGAGCCUAUGCGGCUGUCACAUGUACUUAUUAUUCCCGAGUCAUAUAAACAUUUUGCUCAAAAUUAACCCAUCACAACUGUCAAUAAACAUUUACACGUAAAACAUAUACAAAGCCCAGUUUCCCCAUAGAAUGCUUUGAAAACUGAAGAAGGCUGACAAGAUUUAAUUUAUUUAAUUAUUAAAGCUGAUUACUGUACAUUGAUAUUGAUGCAGUGAGAUCCA